AUGGAUUUCUUUGCUAGGGUUGUGGAAGUACUCAUCACCAAAGCCGCCAUGAAAGAUUCACAAAAAUCGUCUCUCUCACGGCGUAGACGUGGCCUAAAACAUGUCCGAAACUGCACAACAACAACCAUUCCUUUCGAUCUCAUCAUCAAGAUACUCUCUCUACUUCCUGCGAAAUCUCUCUUCCGAUUCCAAUCCGUGUCGAAGCUGUGUUUCUCUACCAUCCGCAGCAAAAGUUUUGUCGACUCGUUCCUGACUAGGUCAAAGACUCGUCCUCGUCUCUUUUUACACUUCCAGCACUCUGCAUCCAAAAAGUGUUUCAUCUUCUCGGCUCCUGAACAAAACCACAACAAAUCAUCCACAGUCAUGGCCAGAUACGAGAUGCCGCUCGUGGAACCCGGCUACUACUUGAACUCUGGUUCUGUCAACGGUUUUGUCUGCUUCAGAGGUGACGAUUUUUGUAAUACUAUCAUUGUUUAUAAUCCCACAACUAGACAAAUGGUGAAACUCCCUGACGUUACACCCAAUGGAAGACACAUGCACGCAUGUCUUGGGUACGAUCCAGUUGAAGAUCAAUACAAGGUGUUGUGUGUGAUGAUGAUGUUGGGCUCUGAAAGACAAGAUACGCAUCAUGAGCAUUUUGUUUGCACUGUGAGUUCAUCUCAGAUUAAAGAGUGGAGAAAGAUCGAGAACCCGACCGGAUAUAAUUACGACAAUGUCUAUGGAGAGACAUGCAUUGAUGGUGCUCUAUACUAUGGAGUUGGAGAGUCAAGAUUAGUUAGGUUCGAUGUAAGAUCUGAGAAGAUUUUGUUUAUCAAAACACCCAAGAAGUCAUAUAUAUCUACCACAUACGAUUCCACUCUUAUAAAUUACAAGGGAAAAUUGGGUGGUGUAGAUUAUUCUUGCGCAGAAUAUUCGAUGACAUUGUGGGUUCUUGAGGAUGCGGAGAAACAGGAAUGGUCGAGCAUGAAGUAUGAUUUAUCUUCUCGGUGGGAAUAUUUAUUUAAGGGCCACGUAGUGUCUGAAGGAGUGAUCCAUACGGAGUAUAAGAAAAGUCAAGAUCAGAGGACUGAAAGAUGGUCAUUUCAGACGCACCCAUGGGUUUCAGGAGAUGUUGUUAUGUUAUCCAGAAGAUGUGACUACGUAUCGAUCGGCCACAACGAAAUUCUAGCACAUCCACUACAUCAGGUUUUAGGGCUAAGAGACUUCGGCUCUGGACCUCUGGCGAUAAUGGGGAUUGAGCGGGACACAAAUGCUUCAGUGCAGUGCAGAGCCGAUCCAUAA